AUGUCCAGCAAAGUCCCCACGACAAUGCGAGCCUGGCAAUAUACCAGCGCCAAACCCCUAGACAACAAUCUCCGUCUUAAUGCUUCCGCCGCCAUACCAACUCCAAAACCCGACCAAUAUCUCCCAGCCGAAAUCCCACUCGUCAAUCGCCUGGCGAUUCGCAAACCAGCCACUCCCGGCCUCGACUUCGCUGGCUAUGUGGUCAAAGCUCCCACGGACUCGACACUGAAGCGCGGCCAGCUCGUAUUCGGCGCGGCUGGAACAUCUCCCUUGGCCGGGGGAGCCCUGGCUGAGUUCGCGAUCACCCAGAAGAAUCAAAUUGUCGCCCUUCCUGACGGCGUCGACCCAAUCUCGGCGGCUACGACGCCUGUAGCCAGUCUCACGGCGUACCAAACAAUAGUUCCACACGUCAAGCAUGGCGACAAGAUAUUCAUCAAUGGCGGCUCAGGUGGCACCGGGGUCUUUGGGAUUCAGGUCGCGAAGGCUGUGGGCUGCUAUGUCACUACAACUUGCUCAACCCCUAAUGUUGAACUCUGCAAGAGUCUUGGAGCAGAUGAGGUCAUCGACUAUCGGCAACAAAAUGUGCUCGAAGCAUUGAAGGCAUCCGGGCACAAGUUCGACCACGUCGUGGACAAUGUUGGCCAUGACAUGAACCUGUACUGGAAAUGCCACCAGUACACCAAGCCAUCAGCCAUGUACAUCUUCGUCGCAAGUGACCUGUCUUUGGGUUCCAUCGCCAACAGUCUGAAGCGGAGGUUUUGGCCCGGUUUUUUAGGUGGAGGAAAACGAAAGGUCUCGGGGUUCUUCACCCAGCCGAAGGUCGACCAAUUGGAACGCAUAGGGGCAUGGAUGAAGCAAGGAAAGAUCAAGCCUAUCAUUGACCAGCAGUUCUCAUUCGAGCAGGCUCCGAAGGCGUUCGAGAGACUAAAGACCGGACGCGCCAGGGGCAAGAUCAUUGUUCAAGUUUCCUCAGACACGUCCCGGAAGGCAUGGCCUGAGGAGUGA